AAGCCCCUGUGGUGUGCCUGCCAGUCACCAGCCCUGGCCAGCUCUUCAGGGCUCCCCAAAGCUGGACUCUUGGUAUUUGAAGGCUGGGCCAUAUCUGCAGAGGUUGCUUUUUAACUGAACUCGCCUUCUUUGGGUUCCGCCUCUAGCUCCAGAGUGUCGAGACAUGGACCUUCUUCAGUUCCUGGCAGCCUUCUUGGUCCUACUGUUGUCUGGGAUGGAAGUCACAGGCACCGUAAAGACCAGUGUGGACCCAGGCCUCAAGAUCUACAAGAAGAUGUUUGAGGUGAAGCGGCGAGAGCAGCUGUUGGCGCUGAAGAACCUGGCGCAGCUGGACGACAUCCACCAGCAGUACAAGAUCCUUGACGUCAUGCUCAAGGGACUCUUUAAGGUGCUGGAGGACUCCCGGACAGUGCUCGUUGCUGCUGAGGUGCUCCCAGACGGGCCCUUCCCCCAGGAUGAGAAGCUGAAGGAUGCUUUCUCCCACGUGGUGGAGAACACGGCCUUCUUUGGUGAUGUGGUGCUGCGCUUUCCAAAGAUCGUACACCACUACUUCGACCAUAAUUCCAACUGGAACCUCCUCAUCCGCUGGGGCAUCAGCUUCUGCAAUCAGACAGGUGUCUUUGACCAGGGACCCCACUCACCCAUCCUCAACUUGAUGGCUCAGGAGCUGGGUAUCAGUGAGAAAGACUCUGACUUCCAGAACCCAUUUAAAGUAGACCGGACGGAGUUCAUUCCUAGCACCGACCCUUUCCAGAAGGCUUUGAAAGAAGAAGAAAAACGCCGGAAAAAGGAGGAGAAGCGGAAAGAGAUCCGAAAAGGCCCAAGAAUCUCAAGAUCAAAGUCUGAGUUGUAGCCCUGGAGCAGUGUGGGGCCUAAGAGGUCAGCGAGAGGCCAGUCAGAAGAGGCAGCAACCUUGCAGCUGUGGUAUAGCACCAUCAAGCGCCAUGGUGAGCACAGGCCACUUCUAGAUGGGGACCCUACAUUUGCUAGGUCCUCAGAAGCCGGGUCUGAGACCUGGCCAAAAAGACUGAGCUUCCGGGAUCUUAGGGCACACCAAGGGGUCCUUGAGAGGACACUGUUCUGCAGACAGGACCCUGCAGGGAGGCUGCUUAGGGAGGAUGGCUAAAGGAACUCCUGGCCUGGAUCCUCUUGGUGAGGGCUGCAGACCAGCUGCUGCCCUUCACGAGGAAGCACCAGAACCAGGCUUUGGGUUACAGGUGAAGGUGCCGUGCUUAUAGCCUACCUCACUGUUCCUGGGCUGCCUGUCACCACCCACCUCUCUGCAGAGUAACACUAAAGUCAGCAAAUCCACUGCCCUCACCA